AUGGAUGUUGAAGACAUAGUGAUUUAUUGCUCUACAAAAACCAAGAAAAAAUGCGAGAACUAUGACGGAACCUGCAAAGCCUCGUGCGCAGCGGGAGAACGGAUCAUCGAAAAGGGCUGCAAAGGAAAGAAAUGUAAAUGCUGUGCUGAAGCCUGUAAACCAACAAAGAAAUGCAAAGGCGGUUUCUGCGUUGAAAAGGCAAAAGACUGCACUGGUAAACUUCUGAAGUCGGGAUGCAAAGGGAAGAAGUGUUUCUGCUGCCUCCCCUCCCCCUGCGUGCCGAAGAACAAAUGCAAGGGCGGUUUCUGCGUCUCGAAGAAGAAAGAGUGCAAAGGAGGCCAGUUCCUGAAGAAGGGAUGCAAGGGUAAGAAGUGCUCCUGUUGUAUCCCUAAAUGCGUGAAGAAAAAGAAAUGCAACGGUGGCUUCUGCGUCUCCAACAAGCAAGACUGCAAGGGCGUCAUACUGAGUAAUGGCUGCAAGUCUAAACCCAAAGGGGGAGAAUGUUACUGCUGCAUUGAAGGAGGAACUACGCCAGCAGGAGGUACUACACCAGCUGGUGGAGCAACACCAGCAGGAGGAGCUACACCGGCUGGUGGAGCAACACCAGCAGGAGGAGCUACACCGGCUGGUGGAGCAACACCAGCAGGAGGAGCUACACCGGCUGGUGGAGCAACACCAGCAGGAGGAGCUACACCGGCUGGUGGAGCAACACCAGCAGGAGGAGCUACACCGGCUGGUGGAGCAACACCAGCAGGAGGAGCUACACCAGCUGGUGGAACAACUCCAGCUGGUGGAACUACGCCAGCAGGAGGAUCCGCACCAUCAGGAGGAAACACAACAGAAAACGGAACUACCCCAGCAGGAGGAACUACGCCAGCAGGAGGAUCCGCACCAUCAGGAGGAAACACAACAGAAAACGGAAUUACCCCAGCAGGAGGAACUACGCCAGCAGGAGGAUCCGCACCAUCAGGAGGAAACACAACAGAAAGCGGAACUACACCGGCAGGUGGAGCUACACCAGCAGGAGGAAGUACCCCGGCAGGUGGAGCUACACCAGCAGGAGGAAGUACCCCGGCAGGUGGAGCUACACCAGCAGGAGGAAGUACCCCGGCAGGUGGAGCUACACCAGCAGGAGGAAGUACCCCGGCAGGUGGAGCUACACCAGCAGGAGGAAGUACCCCGGCAGGUGGAGCUACACCAGCAGGAGGAAGUACCCCAGCAGGUGGAGCUACACCAGCAGGAGGAAGUACCCCGGCAGGUGGAAUUACACCAGCGGGAGGAAACACAACAGAAAACGGAGCUACACCGGCAGGAGGACCUACUCCGGCAGGAGAAUCUACUCCGGCAGGAGGAACAACCCCUUCUCCUUUACUACGUUUAUAUGCUACCCUUCAGGAUAAUAUUGCUCUCCGUAAUGCUAUGUCUGAACUGUCACAAACACUUGACACUUUAUUUGCUGCUCUAGACAGUAUCCUGAAUGCAAACACGGGAAGAAGACACCGACGUAGUGUUAGCGACAUCGAGAGCAUAGUCAUUAUAGCAGAACAAGCGACUGCAGCUGUUCAGAAUGGCAAUACGUCAGCUGUGAUGUUACUUACAGAGGAAAUAAAGGCGAAGACAAGCGUCGUUUCGGAUCUCGCCGAAGCAGCUGCAAACAAUGCAACACUGGCAAGGGAACUACAAGCAAGCGUAGGUGCUGCAAUCAGUGGAAUUCGUGACCUACAAGGAGCCGUCAUAACGAAAGACAAAGAAGUCAAAAGUAACAUUGAAAAAGUACAGCAGGAAAUAAACCAGUUCGGGGGAACUACUGUUGACGUAACAACCAUUGAUAUUAACUUGAUAACAGACGGUGGCAUUGAAGAGACCAUUGCGAAGGAAGAGGAUGAUACGACCAUCGCAGACAUCAGCACCAUUUUGGACACAAUAGUAGAAACUACCACAGGGGAUACUGCCACCGUAGAUAUCACCCUGAUUGAUACCACAGCAAUGGACACUAUCAUAGACACUACAACAGUAGACCUCACAGUCGACACCGCCAUAGUAGCCACUGCCAUAGAUAUAACAACAAUGGAAACUACCAUUGUCGAUAUUACUACAAUAGACGCCACAGGAGAUGCCAUCACAGCUGACACCACCACAGGAGAUGCCAUCACAGCUGAAACCAUCACAGCUGAAACCACCACAGGAGAUGCCAUCACAGCUGAAACCAUCACAGCUGAAACCACCACAGGAGAUGCCAUUACAGCUGACACCACCACAGGAGAUGCCAUCACAGCUGACACCACCACAGGAGAGGCCAUCACAAUUGACACCACCACAGGAGAUGCCAUCACAGCUGAAACCACCACAGGAGAUGCCAUCACAGCUGACACCACCACAGGAGAUACCAUCACAGCUGAAACCACCACAGGAGAGGCCAUCACCAUUGACACCACUACAGAAGAUGCUAUCACAGCUGACACCACCACAGGAAAUGUUGCAACAGUUGAUACCACUACCGAAGACAGCAGUACAGCAAAUACCAGCACGUUGGGAUCCUCAACCACUACACAGUGA